AUGAUAGUUGCUGGAGGAAGCUUUGAUGUUCCACCAUGGGUUUGGCGCCAGCUAGGGCGGCGCGGGGCGAUGCGGGGCGACGCGAAUUCUGCGGCUAAAGUAGACUCGUUACCGCUAGGUAACGACGAAUCAAAGGGCAGUCAACCUCAUGAGAGGAAAGUGAAAGAAAAAGAAAAACCGGCAGGUCAAUCACAUACUUCAAGUGGCCAUGGCCGUGUCGGUCACCAAUCCGGCCACCCCGAAUCAGUGUCUGAUGGCACGAUUACGGUGCAUAAUUAA